CGCCCGCCCGCGGCCGCCCGGGAGCUUGUCCAGCCCCGCGCUGCGCUCGCCCGCCCGCUGCCCGCCGGAGCACUGCGGCCGCCGCCCGCGUCCAUCUGCCCGCUGCCCGCGCCCGUCCCGCCGCCCGCCGCCCGCGCCCGCGCCGGCCCCGCCGCUCUGCGUCCGGGUAUUAAUCAGCGCAGAAACUCAGGAGACACAGACAAGUUCUUCCACGAUGUCGUACAGACGAGAACUAGAGAAAUACCGUGACCUGGAUGAAGAUGAAAUCCUUGGAGCCCUCACAGAGGAAGAGCUCAGGACCCUGGAAAAUGAGCUGGAUGAGCUGGACCCUGAUAAUGCACUGCUGCCUGCAGGCCUGAGGCAGAAGGAUCAGACCACCAAGGCGCCCACGGGCCCCUUUAAAAGAGAGGAGCUCUUGGAUCACUUGGAAAAGCAAGCAAAGGAGUUUAAGGACCGAGAAGAUCUGGUUCCCUACACAGGGGAGAAACGAGGAAAGGUCUGGGUUCCUAAGCAGAAGCCAAUGGAUCCUGUGCUGGAAAGUGUGACGCUGGAACCAGAGCUGGAGGAAGCCUUGGCAAAUGCUUCAGAUGCAGAACUCUGUGACAUUGCAGCGAUCCUGGGCAUGCACACGCUCAUGAGCAACCAGCAGUACUACCAAGCCCUGAGCAGCAGCUCCAUCAUGAACAAGGAGGGGCUCAACAGUGUGAUUAAACCCACACAAUACAAGCCUGUGCCUGACGAAGAACCAAAUUCAACAGACGUAGAGGAAACGCUGGAACGGAUAAAGAACAACGACCCAAAACUUGAAGAAGUUAACCUCAAUAAUAUCCGGAAUAUCCCCAUCCCCACUCUCAAGGCAUAUGCAGAAGCCCUGAAAGAAAACUCAUAUGUGAAGAAGUUCAGCAUCGUGGGGACACGGAGUAAUGACCCUGUGGCGUAUGCCCUUGCUGAGAUGCUCAAGGAGAACAAGGUGUUGAAGACACUGAAUGUGGAAUCCAACUUCAUUUCUGGAACUGGGAUCCUGCGCCUGGUGGAAGCCCUCCCAUACAACACUUCUCUGGUGGAACUGAAAAUUGACAACCAGAGCCAGCCCCUGGGCAACAAAGUGGAAAUGGAAAUCGUGAGCAUGUUGGAAAAAAACGCAACGCUUCUCAAAUUCGGCUACCACUUUACCCAGCAGGGACCCCGGCUUCGGGCAUCCAACGCAAUGAUGAACAACAAUGACCUUGUGAGGAAGAGGAGGCUUGCGGACCUGACUGGGCCCAUCAUUCCCAAGUGCCGGAGUGGUGUCUAGUGUGUGGCGGUGGAGACCAUGCCUUUGAACUGGACGUGUUCUAGUGAUGACUUGUACUCUGCAGGGGAAACCAGAAGGCAAAAUGCUGGCAGCACGAAACCCUUUUGUGGUUCAGUUCUUUAUGCACUAAGGUUUUAGGCUGACUAGUGGUUGUAGUUGAAAAUUUUAUAAAAUAUCGUUAAUGUGAAGUUUUUCUUUAGUCACAGAAGUUGAGUCUGGUUAUUAUUUAAAAACUAGAAGUCCCCAAACCAGCAGAUCUUACUGAAGAUGAUGUUCCAGAAGCAGCGACUUAGCCCCAGGAGCCCAGUUUCAAUGGCCUUGCUGUGUGGUGUUUCAAGUGCAUUUAAAAUGUGUGACAGAAACAGCACACUCUUCCACAUGCUUUUGAAGUAUUAUAAAACACUUUAUUACAAAUUUGUCUUAGCUAUUAGCAAAUAAAACAGAUUAUCAUUCUUUAUUAACCCUCCUUGGAAUUUUAAAAACCUCAAGAUUAAAGUUGCCAAAUUGAUUACUGGAUCAAGAACACAAUUUUCCCCUCAGGACAGACAGACAGACUAAAGCCACAGAACUCUGCCAAGAAUCACAGAACAUGAGAUUCCUUUUGCUGGAUAUGCAGAAAUGAUAGGGAAAAAAACCAAUGGUGAAAUUUCAAGUUUUGAAAACCAACUUUUCAUUACCAAUCCCAGGUAACAAACAUGUCCCAGAGUGUUCUUUAAACGUUUGGGAUUUAUGUAAGAUUGAAUACUGGAGUUAGAAAGAACUUUUGCCUUAUUGAAUGCCAACCUUAUGAUGGAUGUGAAAAUCUACGACCAAAUACUUGAAAACACCUUUCUAUAUUGCACAGUGGGCAAAUGGCUUAUGUGAGGUAAGACACUAGAGGGAUAAAUUUCUAGUCCAACAUGGCCAUGGUAUUUAGCAAUGGCCCAGCUUAGAGACUUCAGCUACUGAUCUCAUCACUUAUUAGACAAAUCGCUGCUGAUCUUACACCUGUAUAUUAAGCCUCUGCAGGACAACACUGAAGAAAAUCCAGAUAUCAAGGAAUUAGGAAAUCCUAGCCAAACCACCCCAAGAUGAUUACACUGAAGCGUAAUACUAGUAUUGCUGCCAGAUCUGUUUCUAACAGCAUGUGCGUCUCUUGGGAUCCAGCAAAAGUGUUAAGCCACAAUGCCCUUGUGCCUUUUAAUAUACCACAGUGCCAGUUAAACUAGUAUUUUUGUUUGUUGCUUUCGGGAGUUAUUUUCAUUAGUGAGUUCAGCAAAUCUCAUGAUAAAGGACAAGGUCAAGAACUCCAGAGCACUGAGCAGAGCGGCUGGUAAUGAAAAGGUGAAGGCCUGCACACUGAACUGUAAGGCAGUAGGCAGUAUAGGGUAACUGGAGGUGGGGCCAGGGCCUCAGCACUAUGGAAGAGUGUCCACUGAGGCUGCACAUGGCCCAGAAGUGGCACCAUGUUGCAGGGACAAGCAUCCCCACUUGGCUUCUCCUUAAAACACAACUGCAGCUGCAUUCUGCAUCGCUGAAAACUGCAAUAUAAUAUUAAAUCUGUUGGUCUAUGUAUGGCUGCGUAUGUGUUUCUUGGAACCUGUGUGACAGGGACAUGUGCCUGGCACACUGGCCAGAAGACUGGGCAGCCACCAUGGCAGUGCUGGAUGACCUCAGUAAGAAUGUGUCAUGUAUUCCAGGUGCUGAUCUAAAAACUGUGGCUCAAAUGUCAUCGAGCUUAUAUGAAGCUCCGAGAGAACAUUUAAAAGCUAAGAGAGUAAGUGCGGGGGAAAGCAGAGCUAUUAGAGGAAACCUCUCAUAGAAACCAAACCAACAGAAAAUGAAGAAGGCCACAUCUUUAAGGCCACCUCUGCCUCUAUCAGAUGAGUUGCUGGUCUAGACCAGGGACUGGCAAACUUUUCAGUAAAAGGCCAGACAGUAAAUAUUUCAGAUUUUGCAGGCCACAUCAUGUCUGUUGCAACUAUUCAAUUCUGCCGUAGAUCAUGUGUAAAGGAAUGGGUGUGGCUGUUCCAAUAAACUGUAGUUGACCCUUGAA